UUAAUCAAGGUACACUUAAUCAAGCAUUUCUUACAAGAAGCUACCCGUUUCCUCAUACUGGAAUUACCAAGCCCAAAAUUCUUCCGGGCAUGAGCUUAGUCAUUCUUGCCAUAAAGUUCUGCUUCUCCGUCCAAUGAUUCACUUCUUCCCUUUGGCGAAGACACGGCAACGACAUGAGCUCUGUGACAGUCGUUAUCGUUUUCUUGGUCGCUUUGCUUCAGACCUUGCGGCCCACGGAGGGGAUGCCCCUCUCUUCCCCCGGUACAGAUUUAGACGGCUUCACAGACCUUGCUUUGAGACGUCACGAGCUGACACAGCGAGAAGAUAGACCGGUCUUGUCGCGCAGACGCCGUGAUGUCACAGCCCCGACCCCCACCGCCAGCCCCGCCGAGCUUCCCCGCCACCACGGCCGGUACCUCUCCCAACCACCCGUACCUGUAGAUGACGGUUACAACGAGCGGUCUAUGUGCCAGUGGAGGUAUGAAGACAACGUUGAGCCGAACCGUUUCCCGUCGACGCUGAAGGUGGCCGUGAAGGAGUACACGGGUUCCCGGUGCCGCGACCCCGCCACGGGGGCGCCUCGGGCCGACCUCGCCUGCCUCCCGAUAGACUACGAGCUGAACGUCCUGCGGAAAAACAGCGAGGGCGAGUGGCAAGAGUCGUAUGAGUUCGUGACUAUCGGCUUCACGUGUGCCGGAUCGGAACCUCGCUAGUGCCGUACCAUACAGCAAUGGCAGGUCUCCACAAGCGAUAACCUAGCGACCAAUCUGUAUACAAGAUUCGCUGGAAUUGAAACCUUUUGGUCAAGUUGACCGAGACUCCAUGGGGACAGCCCCAGUGUGAGGUAGUUGUGUUGCAAUGUUUUAAUCGGACUCUUAACUUCAUUUGUAUCUGCUCGUAUUGCUCCUGGUGUAACGUUAAUGCUGUUGUUGUUGUUGUUGCUCAAGGUGAUGAAUGUAUACAGAAGUUGAUACAAUUAUAACUUGAAAAGGUAAUAUUCUGUCCGAACGAUUUCUACUGUGGAAUGAAGACUUUGAAAAUAAUGAUGUUCACACUGCCAGCUUACUGACAAUUAUUGACAACAGCGCAAUUACUAGUAAUAUUUCCUUAGGACUUUAGUCAUCUUGUUUGGAGACGUGCUCAUGGUAUUUUGUGAUACCACCGGUGGGCAUGAUUUUGAUCAGCAAUGUUAUACAUUCGGUAUAAAUCGGGGAAACUGCUUUCUCUAUGUACAUGGAACAGUAUUGUUUAAUCUCACUGUUGAAAUUAGAAAUAUAAAGCAGAAU